AUGAAGCUACUCUCGAUUCUUCUCUGCCUGGAUCUGGUGGCCUCGUUAAACAUCCUUAUCACCAACGAGCAGGCCAUCGAUACACCCAUCGUCAGAAAACUGCACAGAGUUCUUUCCAAGUCACACAAGGUUGUUUCUGUUGUGCCCAAGAGAAAGAUCACUCCGGGAAACUCCAUCUACAUCAACGGUUCGCCGUUUUUGAGUCCAACGGACACAAUAGCGUCAGAAAGCAUACCCGACUUUCCCGAGUACGAGGAAGUGGAAAGAGACGUGUGGUCUCUUGAUGCCAAUGUGCUCGGGUCUGUUUUGUUUGGGUUGGACUUCAUUCUGCCAACAAAAUAUCCUGGACUUGAGAUUGACCUAAUUAUUGCUGGUCCCAGAACGGAACCUUCGGCAGGGCCAUUUGCCAACUUGCUCUCAGGUGUGUUUUCGGUGAUGCGUUUCGGGAUGUUACGUAACAUUCCUACAGUUGCUAUAAGCUCGAUUCCAGAUCUUUAUGCAGAUGACCCGAAGGUAGACGAUCUCUACGUGGAAUACUGCUCUAGUUUCAUCAACGCCUUACACGAAAUGGCCUCAGUCGGAAACGACAGAAUUCUUCCCAAGUUCUCUGGGUUGAACAUCAACUUCCCGUUGAUAGGAAUGGACAGAUACGGUUGUGAUAGACCUUUGUGGCAAGAAACGAAGGAAGUGGGUGGAUACGCGCAAUCACCAUCCAUCAUAGAGGUAGAUGGAAAGUAUAGAAUCGUCAACGCCUACAGCAUUCGCGACCAAAAGGACAAGAACUCGCUGUUCAGUGAGUUAUCAUCAUUAGACACAUGCCAUGUUGGUGUGACAUUCUACAGCGACUACGAAGACUCUUGGUCCGAACUCAGUCGUCUUUUGUCGCAAAUGAACAGAGACUUCAAACGCAGAAAGACUCUUCUGACGCAGUCUGCCGAGUUGAAGCUGGUCAACCAGAUACAUGCCUGA